AUGGCAAGCCUUGGGUCUGCGGUUACCGGUAGGAAGCGCACACGGCGCCACGAUAACGUGGCUGACCGCAUUGCUCGCGCCCUGGAGACUAUAGCCGCAAACGCGGGCAAGCCUAUCACCAUAAAUAUAACAUAUGAGCAAACCAAAAUUCUGAUGGAGGCUGGCCACGCGCUUGCGGCAAUGUCAAAUGUGACCGUUAACCAACAGCUUGCAACCUACGAGGAGUUCGCACGUUACCCCUACAUGGCAACGAUGUUCCUCACAAUGACUCCUUCCCUCCGCACCGCUUACGUGCGUGGUAACGUCCGUGGCGGUGGCCGUGCAUUACCCGCUCGGGGAGUUGCAUCACUUCCAGCGGGAGGUGCAUUAGCCGCAGGGGAGGAUGGGACAGCCACAGAGGGUGGUGCAUCCGCCGCUGGUGAACGUUCAGCCGCAAGGGAGAGUGAAUCACCCACAGGGGAGGGUGUAUCAGCUACAGGGGGAGGUGCAUUAGCCGCAGGGGAGGGUGAAACAUUUAGAGGGGAUGGUGAAUCAUUUACAGGGGAUGGUGAAUCAUUUACAGGGGAGGGUGAAUCAUCUACAGGGGAGGGUGAAUCAUCUACAGGGGAGGGUGAAUCAUCUACAGGGGAGGGUGAAUUAGCUGCAGUGAGAGGUGAAUCAGGUGGGGAAGGAGGGGCAUCAGCCGCAGGGGGCGUUGGGCAAACACUCUAG